GUUCGACUGACAGAGACAAUGAGAACACACACACACACACACACACACACACACACACACCCUCCCCUCCCUUGCAGUGGUUGCAGGGAAGCUGCAGCAGAGUCUUCAUCAUCAUCUUCAUCAUCAUUCCACCAUCUUGCCUUGUUCUUCCCGUGACAUGAUUGACACCAACAUGAACCUCACGCUGCUGCCUCCUUAAAGCAGAAAUCCAGAAGAUUCUCAAGUCCACAUAAGAGGCGGAGCUUUUCAGAAUAAAAGUCCAUGUUGUAUGUUUCCGCAUGGUGAAGCCCCGUUAGCAAGACAAGUCUGUCAGAACACACAGGAAGAGGACGAGGACGAGGACGAGGACGAGGGGGGGUCCUCACCAGGCUGAAGAGCGACACUGUCAGCGAGCCCCGCCGGCGGCAUGGACGAGGCGCAGUGGGCCGUGACGAGCCAACCGGGCAGCGAGGAACAGCAAGCCCCGCCCCCAGCGACAGACAGCUGGACCGGCAAUGGUGUGGAUCCAGCGACGACGGCUAACUUCCUGCCGCUGGCCAGCCCAUCGGGGGCCAAAGGUGCGCAUGCCAACGGUCGGGAGGGGCCAGGCAGCCGAUCGUCUUUGACGCCGAGCAGUUCGCCGCGGCCGUCGGUCAGCCAGCAGCCCGGUGCCGUGGAGGCGGCGGAGGGCUCCAAACCACCCGACUACCUGAUCCUGGCCAUCUUGUCCUGCUUCUGUCCGCUGUGGCCAAUCAACAUCCUCGCCCUCGCCUUCUCCGUCAUGUCCCGUAACAGCCUGCAGCAGGGGAACGUGGACGGCGCUCGCCGCUUGGGCCGCAACGCCAUGGUGCUGGCGGUGGUCUCCAUCGUGGGAGGAAUCGCCAUCAUCACGGCCGCCAUCGCACUCAACUGGGGACUGAUUUUAAAGACCGGAUAGGACAUGGACGCCCCCUGCUGUUCCUGCACGACGAGCAUGUGUGCCUGACCUUCUACCUCCGACAAGAUGGCCGACUGAGUGGAGCAAAGCCUCGCUGCCACGGCGACACACGUUGGCGCUCACCUUGUUAGCGAGUGUGCAUGCCGAGGGUUUGCAUGACUCAAGUAGCUAAUAUCACCCAUUGUUUACAUUCAGUAACUUUGAAGACUGACUUUUCUGUAACCACGGCAACCGGCGCACGCUAGCAAGAUGCUAGCAAGAUGCUAGCAAGACGCUAGCGUGGAAAGGAAGCGCGCAUGUUUACAAUAUUUACCAUACUAGCACCUGUUAAUAAGCAGUCCACAAAGUGACAGUUGAUGCUUGACGAUGCCUUUGGGCGAGGUAAGGUGGCCACGCCCCUUCUCUCAGCCCCUCCUCCAGCAUAUGUAGCAUGCCUGUUUACUAGCCACAAUAUGCAAGCAGAAGAAUAUUCUCGUUCAUGCGGGUCAUUGUAUUCUGAGCACACUUCAUCAGCUGAUGCUCAAUGACUAGAUAGGACAGCUCCAGGGUCCGGGUGUCCAUCAGGCCCUACCCACGACUCUUGCAGACCAACAAAGGACAUUUGGACGGGGAAGACAAGGACAAGCACAGCCAAGCUGGCUUCAGGCGUGUCCACGACGCUAACGAGGGGCGACUGUCGUCGGCUGCCAAUCCAUUGCUUCCUAACGACGAAAGGGUCUGGACACGCCCCCUCUUCUGGAGGAGCAGUACUUUGGAUCCUGCACCAUCCUGGCCGACCUCGUCUUUGAACAUGAGCUGGUGAAGUCUGCCAAACGUCUUCCAAGAGAACCUGGACUGAAGGUUAGCGGCAGGGCUAACUUAGCAUGGAGCGUUAGCAUAGAGCGUUAGCAUGGAGCGAGCCCUAACGCUCCAUGCUAACGUGUCGGUCGGUAUUCCACCGGAGACAUCAGUCACCGUGUAUGGAAUGAAGAUAUUGAAGUGGCAUCGCCAUGGCAACCUUUGCACUCAAGUUCUUCAAAAUGUCAUGUGUGUAUUUCUAUCUUUGUAUUCUCUUUUGUACGGCUCACCAUCCGCUCCUGGUCGCUGCACGCUUAUUAUGGGAUGUCCCCGCAUGCUCAACCGUGUCACACCUUUGGAAGAUUUCAAGAAAAGAAAAAUCCCUCCUGCCUCUUCGCUUUCCUUUCACCUCUCAUCACAGAGUCCUCGGUGGGACAGCCGCUGGUUGCCGUGGCAACCCAGCUCCGAGCCGCAAGGCGGCUUGGAGACGGAAGAUGGAUGACGGAAAGAAUGACUUUUACAUUCUCAUCAGUAAGUCAAAGGCUUCCGCUGACGUUUGGGGAAGAAACCAUGUGACCAGGAUGACACGAGACAACGUCGUGAAACAUGGCGCAGCAUGAGGAAACAUGACAUGACAAAACAUGUCAUCGUAGAAGAACCAUGAGGAAACAUGACAUGACAAAACAUGUCAUUGUAGAGGAACCAUGAGGAAACAUGACAUGACAAAACAUGUCAUUGUAGAAGAACCAUGAGGAAACAUGACAUGACAAAACAUGUCAUUGUAGAGGAACCAUGAGGAAACAUGACAUGACAAAACAUGUCAUUGUAGAAGAACCAUGAGGAAACAUGACUUGACAAAACAUGUCAUUGUAGAAGAACCAUGAGGAAUCGUGACAUGACAAAACAAGACCUAACAUCAGGAGACAUGAGAAAGCAUGAUGGGAGAAAACAUGACAUGACCUGAGGAGACACAUGAGAAAUCACAUGAGGAAACAUGACAUAAGAUGAGGAACCAUGAGAAAGCGUGACAUAAGAUGAGGAACCAUGAGAGCGUGACAUAAGAUGAGGAACCAUGAGAGAGCAUGACAUAAGAUGAGGAACCAUGAGAGCGUGACAUAAGAUGAGGAACCAUGAGAGAGCAUGACAUAAGAUGAGGAACCAUGAGAGAGCAUGACAUAAGAUGAGGAACCAUGAGAAAGCAUGCCAUAUGUGUGAAAUAUGGCAUUUCAGCAUAUUUGUAUGGCAGAAAGACAAAUGAUAGGUAGUAGUAGGAUGAUGUAUAUAUAUAUAUAUAUAUAUAUUUGUAUGUAAUUGAAAUGAAAUGAAGAGAGGGCCCACGUGUGAAGAUCUACGUACCCGACCCUGCUUGACUUCAUGAUCUACAGUCAGCUGGGAUAGGCUCCAGCAUCGCCUAGUGAGGAUAGUGCAUGAAUGGAUGGAUGGUUCCUUUAAUAGCAGAUCAUUUGAAUCAGACUUGAACGGUAUUAUUAUGAGCAAUGAGGUGUUGCGUUCAAAGACACACGUCAUUUAAGAUGAAUUCACACGUUUAAGUGCAUUUGAUGGGAUUUCCCAGCAUGAUUAAAUGCAGUCAAAUGUACUGAGCAUUAAGGUUAAAGUGAGUGACAAGAAUAUCCACGUAUUGUUUUUAUUUGCAUUUCUGUCGUAGACCGGGGUCACCAAACUUUUUAAACAGAGUUACUUCUUAGUGAUGAUGCUAAUGCUAAUGCCUGAUAACACCAGCUACAUACACGCUUCUCCGGCAGCCAGUUUGCCUUUAACUAUACGUUAUUGGGAACUAUUCAUGAUAUUCAUCUACUCUAUGCGAUGCUUAUAAAGCUAGCACUUAGCAACACAACAUCUCACCUGAAAGAUAUAAGCGCUACACUAAACACACUGUUAGCAUGCUAACAACAUCACGAAUUAGCGGCA